UGGUGCGGGGCUGGCGACGGCUACGGCCUCACGGGCGGGAGCUAAGGGCAAUGGUCGUGGGUCCCUGGACGCACCGCGCUCGGCUCCAUGAAGCGGAAGAACGAGAGGCAAUCCUCGAGCUGGCUCAAGGUCUCCAACACCAAGAGCUCGCUGGACUUAUUGGGAGCCAAGAAGAGCAGGAACUCGACCUCACAGGACCUGGUGGAGCUGGAGCAGGAGGACAUUUACUUGGACAUCACCGAUCGCCUUUGUUUUGCCAUUCUUUACCAGAAACCAAAGAGUGCUGCAAACAUACACUAUUUCUCCAUAGAUGACGAAUUUGAAUAUGAGAACUUCUUCGCAGAUUUUGGACCACUCAAUCUGGCAAUGGUUUACAGAUAUUGUUGCAAGAUAAAUAAGAAAUUAAAGUCCAUUACAAUGAUAAGGAAGAAAAUAAUUCAUUUUACGGGCCCUGAUCAGAGAAAACAAGCAAAUGCAGCUUUCCUCAUGGGGUGUUACCUAAUAAUAUAUUUGGAGAAAUCUCCAGAAGAUACCUAUAGGACACUGUUGGUUGGAAACAUAUCUUAUGUUCCUUUCAGGGAUGCUUCCUAUGGUAAUUGCACUUUCUACUUAACACUACUCGACUGUUUUCAGGCAGUACAUAAGGCAGUUCAGUACGGCUUCCUAAAUUUUGAAAAAUUUGACCUUGAUGAUUACGAGCAUUAUGAAAAAGCAGAAAAUGGAGAUUUAAACUGGAUAAUACCGGGCCGAUUUAUUGCCUUCUGUGGCCCUCACCCAAGAAGCCGACUCGAAAGUGGUUACCAUUAUCAUACACCUGAAGCCUAUGUUCCAUAUUUUAAAAGGCACAAUGUUACCACCAUUAUCAGACUCAACAAAAAAGCGUAUGAUGCCAGGAGAUUUACAGAGGCUGGUUUUGACCAUCAUGAACUUUUUUUUGCUGAUGGCAGCAUACCUAGUGAUGCCAUAGUAAAAGAAUUUCUGAACAUCUGUGAAAAUGCUGAGGGUGUUAUAGCAGUUCAUUGCAAAGCUGGCCUUGGACGGACAGGCACCCUUAUAGCCUGCUAUAUCAUAAAGCAUUAUAGGAUGACGGUUCCUGAAACCAUUGCCUGGAUCAGAAUCUGUAGACCUGGCUCUGUGAUUGGACCUCAGCAACAUUUUUUGGUGUCAAAGCAGGCAAGCCUUUGGACAGAAGGAGACUAUUACCGUAAGAAGUUAAGGGAUCAGGAAAAUGGAAGACAUGCAGCUGCAGUCACAAAAAUCCUAACAGGGGUCGAUGACAUUUCAAUAAGUGAAACCCAAUCCGAAGAAACAAAAGAGUCUGAAUCGUACAGUGAUGAUGAUGGUGAUGAAAUAAAUGGAAUGACACAAGGUGAUAAGCUACUUGCCCUGAAAAGUAGAAGACGGGCAAAAUCAGUUACUUCAAUUCCUCUAACAUGUAUCCUAGCUGUGCUGACCUCUGCACUAUGUAGUAUUGUCAUCUGGUGGAUUGUUUGUGACUGCAUUCUUCCCAUCCUGCUAUUCUGUCUAGAUGGUUUAAGAACCUAGUAACCAUCAGGACCCUUUGACAGAUAGCCACUGUCCACUCCAUUCCAAGGACUAGAACAGUCUUGCGUUAAGUUUAAAAAAAAAAAUGUGGCCGGAACUGAAGGAAUCCUCUAGGAAAAGGAAAACAGUAGGACCCAGCACAGUUUGUUUGAAAACCAAACAAAAAAGCAAAAAAAAAAAUUCUCAAUUUCCUCCAGCUAAGAGACUUGAUCAAUGAAGAAAAUGUACAUGAGAGUUUAAUUAGUUGAAUUUAUUCAUACUAAUGAGUCUUGAGGCCAGUGAUUUGAUGAAGAACUCGUAUCUCUGUGUCAAGAAAUCUUUGAAGUUUGGCAAACAAACAAAAGUAACCUAUUGUAAAUUUAGUCUCAGGUGUAAAUAUGAAGCCCUCUAUUGUCAAGAGGGAUCAAGAGUCUGUUUGGUGCAUGUGUAUAAAUUGUGAUGGCAAUCAUUUUUAGUUCUUGGCCUCCAAAGGAAUGGAGAAUUCAAGGCAGGCUUCUGUAUAUUUAUUUUCUGUUUGUCCUUGCUAUGUUCUAUUAAGAUGUAAAUGGAAACUGCUUUAUUGAAAGAGUAUUUUUUCUUGAUUUGCUGUAAUUUGAUUUAUAUCAUGUUAAUUAGCAAAGUACCACCAAACUGCUUGCUUUUCACCAAAAAGUGUUUUACUGGUAACCUUACAUAAACACUGUUAUGUGUUUUGGUACAAACAAAGUGGUUCUUUCAGAAAAUAUUUGAAAACUAGUGAAAGAAUAUGAUCAUUGCUUUAGAAUGGACAACUGGUUUCAAAUAGUACAAAUGCUGCAUAACUUCAUUUCUCAUCCUUAGACCAUUUAGUAAGUGAAUAGUGCCCUGUGACUGGUCACUGUUUCGUUGCCCAGUAACACAAACAGAGAAAGCUUUUCUUUAAAAAAAAAAAAAUACUGUGAUUUCUCUUUUCCCUUUACAAAACAAAAAUUACCAAGUAAUUGAAAUUUUUCUUAUGGUACUACUUUAAUUGAAUUCUGUUAUUGCUUUUUUUCCUUAUCUGAUCUUCUCCCUAGUUUCAAACUACAUAUAUUGGUUUACAUCUACAGAUUUCAGUUAUUGGUAAAUAUGAGACCUCACUUAUUGCCUUUAUUUAGGGUAUACAACAGUGUAACUCUUUGUAUAGUGCCUUCUUCAAACCAACGAAGCAGAGUAGAUUCUGUGAAUGUUAGAUGACAGUUACAGAAAUUAAAUUUAAAACUUGAUGUAUCUUAUUACAUACAGUAAUGAGGGGCCCAAUGGCAAAGAAUAUUUGAGUAUCCUGAGUUCACAUGUAUUUCUUUUCCACAUGCACAUGAAUGAAGUGUGUGAUUGUUAUUUCACUAGACCAGUUUCAGGCAGUCCAGUAUGAGAAAUUGGACCAUUGAAAUCUAGAAAAGGGAUACUUUUGUAAUAUAAAUACAAAUGCAUAGAAUAAAUGUCAGCCAUGUUUAUUUUUAUACCUAAUUUAUUUUUAAGAGCUGUUGUUAAAAGAAAAAAAAAAGGCCCUACUCGGGCUGAAGGAUGAUUGUAAUUAUAGCCUGUAAAUGCAAAAAAAAAAAUGACUUUGAAGCAUUGGUUCCAUUUGUGGGGCAAGGGGUAAUUCUCUCAUAUAACGCAUUGAAAUUGGUAACUGACCUAGGUUCCUGCAGUUUAGCACAAAAUAAUCCUCUCUACCCUUGAGACAGAUGAUUUGAGGGUAGGACUGGAAACAAUGGGACGUCGACCAUUAAAUUAAUUGGCCCACAGGCAAAGUCAUUUCCUCAAGUGGCUACUGGCUCCUCCUCUCUAGGCCAUAUGGGGAAAAGAGUAUUCUGCUAUACUAUGGUAGGGGGAGAAAAAUAAGGAAAGAGAGAAGCCCACAGUUAUAAAAAGUGAGUAUAACCUUAAGCCCCCAAUUCUCAGGUCUAUUUUCUCAUUCUGACUCUGAUUUUUUUAAAGACUUUUCUGUAUUAAUAACCAUAUAUAAUCAAGUUCAAAUCUAAACCACUUGAAGUUUCUUUAUUAAAUUUAUUGGUCUUUUAAACAAAAUGGGAAAACCUCUGCUUUCCAUCUCUAAAGUGAGCAACUUGUCUCCAAGACUGGUUAAGACAAUUUUUGGGGGGGGCUAGUAAUGAAGAAUCUUGGCUGAAGUGUUUCCACCAUAAACAUUUUAGCCUCCAAAUUGCCAUCACAUGGUGAGUCUUCAACUCAGUCUUUCUUGAAUUUCUAACCAUUUUAAAUGUCAGCAAGGAUCUUUCUCCUUCAUAGUUUAAUGUUCAUCUGCUCUGUUCAUACCAGAAUUAGUCAUAGGAAGUCUGAGUUUGGUUAAAAAGCAUUUCUUUGUUGGCAGCCCUCAGUGACUUGAGCUGGUAUGUGCCAAGGAAAACAGCAGACAGAGCAUGUGGGUGGGGGUGGGGGGAGAGGGACAUAUUUAGGGAUUAAAAAGCAUCUGGGUAUGGCUGCUGGAAAGAUUCCGUUAGAAGUCAGUUUUUUUUCUUUUUGACCUCCAAAAAUAUAACCAAAUUGUUCUUCUAAGGUUUCUCACUCUAAGCCCAUUUUGUAGAAGCACUGCUUAAACAUAAAGAAUAGUUUGUCAGAUAAGGAGAUUUCCUGUUCAAAGGAAACCAAAUGCCCUAAAGAGGUAGAUAGAAAACUAGCCUCAAGAGUUAAUAAGCUUUGGAUUCAAGUCCAACCUUUAACAUGCACUUGCCCUGGGCAAGUUUCUUAAUUUCACACUGCCCUUGGCAUCUCAAAAAGAACCCAAGUUGAAAAAAAAGUGCCUAUUUGCAUUGGUCAAGGAAAUUCCCCAUCUGUUGCUCUCUACCAUGAUGAAAUUCAGAUAGGAUCCCCUAAAAAAACUGUACUCAACAGCACUGUAGAUUUCUCAUGAUCACUGCAUUUUCAUGGUUAAACAAGUUAAAUGUUUUUAGUAGCUCUUCCAUCUCUUUGGGACUGAAAUAGUGACACUUAAAAGAGAGUAAAAUAGAAAUAAUUGUAUCUGAAUUAUUUUGGUCAUAAAAGUAACGUUUUCCUCAUUAUCUUUUCCUUUUCUCAGAAAAAAAAGCACCAAAUCUGUGAAGUGUUAAAAUUUAUUUAUUGGAAGCAAAGAAGAAUAAAAAUAAAAAACCCUAUAAAACCCUUAGCAGAAAGAAAGAUUAGAGAUAGAUCUGUCUUAACUGCCAGGUUUAAAAUUUUAGAAAGUAUUUUUUUACCUAGCUGUGAAUAAUUGUUUCACCAAGCAUUGCCUCAGUACAACAAGUAGCCUUACUUGUCCACCAGUGUGGUUGCUCUCCUAAACUUCACAAUUGUUUAGUCCUAAAAUUUAGUACUAACCCUCAGUCCCCUUACCAUGGGGAUUUUCAUGGGAAAAUUUUUUCAAAAUUUCUACCUCGAUUCUUUCCUCCAAGUUUUAGUUAGGAGCCGAUUUCCCCAUCAGAAUGAUUGGGGCCAACAUGUUUGAGACUGAAGUAUGAUCCACUGUGACACAUACUGUGGAGCUCUUGCUUUCUUGGGAGAAAUUCUUCUGUAAGAAAGGCCCAAAGGUAAUGCCUUUCAUUUGAUUUACAUUUUCUCUCUGGGCAACAAGCAAUUUACUCAAAGAAUUUUGUGAAAAAUAGCUUCAAUUUCUAUUUUCAUACAUCCUCUCCCAUAUCAUCUCCCAUUCCCCCUUGUUGAAUUUUAUCAAAAGCUUUUUAAAUAACUGUUGCUCGGCCCCAUCUUGAAGACAGUGGUUUUUUUUUUUUCCCUUUACUCUUUCAUAAUUCUUUCUCACCUAAUAAUGACAGAGUGGGAUUAGCUUGCCCACCCCCUGUCUCCAGAUCUUUGUAUUCUCCAUGUUGCUAAAUGGAAAUGCUGCAGACAUGUUUUUAAAGACUGGACACUUAAUAGUGUGUAGAAAAUUACCUCCCGUUCAUAGAGAGAAAAAAAAUGACAGCAGCUCAGUUCACCGAUUUGAGUACUGCAAUUUUGUAUUAAUAAUUUGCAGACUUUUAUCUAAUGUGCACUCAUGUAUAGGUUAUAAAAAGUUUUCAAGUGUAACUGAUUAAUCAGUACUUAUUUAUCCAUUGUCUUGAUUUUUUUAAAUUAAAAUGUAUAUUUCUAUUCAUAUUUUUUAAAUCAGAGGGAACUGGUAGAGUGAAUGUUUAUUUUACUUAAGGUAUUUUUCAGGUAAAGCUUCAUAAUAAUGUCUUGUAAACUAGUUAGUUUAAUAAGUAUUGUCUCAUUUGAAAAUCUUGUGUAUUAUAACUGAUUUUAUACAAAAUGUUAAAUAGUGAAAA